UAAGUGUACCAGGACUGGGUGUUCUGCUAGUCUUCUUCUCCCCUCCCUUCCCUGACUCCUCUGUGCCCUCCCUGCCUGAAGAUCCAGAGGACUCUGAGGGUGGGCGGGAGCUCUUACCCAUAGGAAGAAAAGACACCAAGUUGCAGGGGCUGCCUACACUUAGUUCUUAGCUUCCCUCCUCAUCUCUCCAGCCACUGCCUGGGUCUGCAGCAGGAGGCCAAUUGGAAGCACCCCUCCCUCCACUUUGAAGGAGGCUGGGCUGGCCAGGGGGUUAUUUUGGGAGCAGCUUCUGAGAUCCAAUGGCCUUGUUAGGGCAACACUGACCUUUCUGUCCCAGGAGGAGGGCAGGAUUGGGGAAGGAGGCGGGGCAGCGGCGGGGAGAUCGACAGCCCAGCACACCCACUGGGGUGGAGGAGAAGGGGGCCAUCAGGCUGCAGGAAUCCUGCCUCGGGCUGGGGCUGCCACUGAGGGGAAUUUCCCCUCUUUGAAACAGCUGGGGACCCCUCCACCCCACCCCUUUCACUGUGCUUCUUAAAGGGACACUGUUUUUCCUUGAACUCCACGGAAGCCAGACUUGGGACGCUUCGUGGGGACUUUGAAUCUUUCCUUACUGCUUCCUUCCCAACAGGAAGCCUUUCUCUGGCUGAUGGAGUGGGGGCCUCCCAGGCAUGGCACUAACCAGCCACCCCAGUGCUGACUUGGCUCCAGGGCUCUUUCCGCCUCUUCUGGCACCUUGUUUCCCCCCUCCUGGGGUGCGGUGGUGAGUCUGGGGGCCUAGCCCUGAGGGUGCCUGGAGAGUGUCGCUGGUGCCACCCGACGCCCCCUGCACCCAAGCUGGAGGACGGGCAGGUUGUUGGGGGCUAUGAUGAGAUGAGUGGGGGCCGCUUUGACUUUGAUGAUGGUGGGGCAUACUGUGGGGGCUGGGAGGGAGGGAAGGCCCAUGGUCACGGACUGUGUACAGGCCCCAAGGGCCAGGGUGAAUACUCAGGCUCCUGGAACUUUGGCUUUGAAGUGGCGGGUGUCUACACCUGGCCCAGUGGAAACACCUUCGAGGGAUACUGGAGCCAGGGCAAGCGGCACGGGCUGGGCAUAGAGACCAAGGGGCGCUGGCUAUACAAGGGCGAGUGGACACAUGGCUUCAAGGGACGCUAUGGAACCCGGCAGAGCACCAGCAGCGGUGCCAAGUAUGAGGGCACUUGGAACAAUGGCCUGCAGGACGGCUAUGGCACUGAGACCUAUGCAGAUGGAGGUGAGUCCAGCCCAGGGCCUGCAGAACUGGGGUGGGACCAGGGAGG